AUGUCGAUACUCUUGUCGUGUCGUGGAAGAAAAGUAGCCUUUGAUAACAAUCGCUACAACGAAGCUGUUGACCACUUCACUGCCGCGGUCAACGCCAGUGCUUUCUUUCAUAAAUCACCGAUUCAUUCUACAUACGACGAAUUUGUCAUGCUCUUUGGUUGGGACCUGAAGUCCUUGUGGCAGAACGCGAACCAGAAACAGUGCCGCGCACUCCUUCGGGCGGGUAGAAUUGCAGCAGCCAUAGAAUCUUAUCAAUCCACCAUGGACAAGAGUGGUGAGGAUAUGAAAGCCCGCUUAGGUGCCUGGUUUACUGGCUCUUUUCACACGGUUAAGCGACUUUUGCCUUUGACGUCUCGGGUCAUUGCGGCUACUUAUCAUCACGCAUGGAUGCUUCAUUAUGAAGCCCGCUAG